CCGCCAUGCUUCUUUUACCCUGGCGCCUCCAAGCCAGCUCCACCCAACUCACUUCAUCGAAGCCACCUCUUGUUGUUGAUAAGUCCAUCCCCAGCCGCUUGGGCAAGCAUUUCCAGACAUGACUUAACGUUGUAAACUGCACUUGAUAAUAAGCAUGGGUAUGCUAGGGCCUCUCACGGCGCAGGCCUUGGUGCGUUCCCAAAUCUCCCCCGAGGCGGUGCAAGGCUUACAUACCUCCUCAGGGCCGUUCGCCCUACGAUGAGGUGGUCCCCGGAGACGGUGAGGAAGACCCCCGCCAUCCAGCGCAGCAGUAUGACUAUCGAGGUCGCCCCAUAAACCCGGAGACCAGACGCAUGAACCGCGACAUUGUACGGUCGCACAACGAGGUCAUGCUCGUUAUUGGCGUUGCCGAGCCCGAGAACCCCUUCUCCGCGCCCGAAGCCGAGUCGCAGCGACGCCACGGAGAUUACGAGGAAAACGUUGGCCUUGCGCUUGUCAGACCGGCUAUUCGCUGUGUCGAGUCAUCGGGGGUUUUUGGACUUGAUGGUCUCCGCCAACGAAUACUAAUCUAUAGGCGCUACUCCCAUAUACCUUUUUGGCAACUCUACAAGGAGGCUAAAGAAGACUUCUCGGUCCCGCGAGACUUGCUUGCUGGAGCACCUACCAGCUUGCUCACAACUUUCGUUGAACGACAAGUGAGCCGACUUUGGCUUAACGACCCCAACAGACGGCUUGCCCGGCAUUGGGUACAUGAGAUUUGGUCAUACUUCCGUGUCCAUUUGGAGCUCUAUGUCGCCCUACAGCAACUUGGCUUGACUAAGAGUUUGACCUUGUUGCCAAACCCCAAGUUCUUUGUCCCGUUCACGGAAGAGUCGCCCAUGCCAGCACCACCGCCACCAGAUGAUUUCUCCUUACCAUCGAUACUGCGUUGGACGGGGAGUGUUUUCGUUUCCACUACCCCGUUCAUAGUCUGGGUCAUGGCACGGCGCAUGUUGCGCGAUUGGAAGCCCCAGAUCUGGGGCCAAAUCUAUACUCGGCUACCUAGUACUGCGCUUGAGAGUAAGAAGCACCGGCUCAUGCAGUCGCAAACAUUGCCAUCACCACCACCCCCGCCACCCCCUCCUUCCUCAACGGCACCUCAGCAGAUGAACGAACCGGAUGAUGGCUGGACUGUUGUCCAAGACUCUCAAAGAGAGGAUUCGCCUCCACCGGAUCAGCUUCCGUCGAGCCACCCGGGCCCUGUGGAAGCGGUCAGGCGACCUAGCGUCUUCUCCUCUCGGGGUGACGACUACGGUAGCGACGAGGAGGACAACGAGGGAGUUAGUGCAACCCUCAUUAGCUUCGACGUCGAAGCCACGGAGUCAACGGACGCGCCGCCCGGCCUUUGGUCUGCUGAGUUGCGACCAAGCGUAGCGUCAGAUGCGAGAGCAAACGCAAGCCAGCCUGUGACCUACCUUGAUACCAUGCUUACGAGGCUCCCCGCGGUCGUCGGCGCCCACAUGCUCACGGAAGCCCUCUGCCGGAUACUCAUGGUGCCGUACGAGGGGACGGCGCUGCGACUGGUGGCGCGAACUUGGAGGCUGAGGCAGGGCCUGCCCUUCAACGACAUGUACGGAGCGAACAUGCUGAGCGGCAUGACGUGGGUGUCUGCCAUCAAUUUCUUUGGCAGCGAGCUCCUGCACUUUGCGCUUUGCGGCGAGCUGUGGGCCGUCUUCACCAUCUUGUCCCAGCGAUAUCACAUGACGGAGGAGGAAUGGAAAGAAGAUGAAGCCAAGACCGACGACCCCUGAGCCGGGGAUUUGUAGAGGUCACAGCGGAUUAUGAUUCACUCAUGAGCACAAUAGGCAAAGAUACCCAAAUACAGUAUAUCGAUUGCUUGCCG